AUGAAGUUUUUGUGGACUAACUGGUCACUUCGUUCUGGAACUAUCUUUGUGUGUUGGUACGAUGUCGCACUCACAAUGAUAAGUGCGGUGAUAUUUAUUAGUCUGACUUUCUUUGCACCAGUAUAUUUAACGGUGUUAGUACUGGUGAGAACUUUUGCAGUGAUGGGAGUCAAGCAUUUUGUAGGAAUGAUGCUUUGGAGGAAUGGAUUUCAUGGCUCAUGGGCUCAGAUCAAAUAUGUUGUGAAUACAAUUCAGUUAGUAGUGCAGGUGGUCUUGGAUACGGCGAUUGUGAUAACGAGUGCAAUUGCAGCAGACAGCACAGGUCUCAAAAUCGGACUUGCUAUUGGAUUAUUAGCUCUUUUUGCAUCCCUAGCAACGAUUGAUGUCUAUUUCAUCUUUGUCUUGUACAAUUAUUACAAACACCCACAAGACUCCCCUGAAAAUGUUGAUGUUAUACAGCAGCUUGAAAGAGAAAUGCAAGUUGUCAAUAAUGCAGAUUCUCAGCCCCAAAAUAACCAAGCCGCAGGAAAUAAUGUAAAGAAUAACAAUCAGCCAGAAAUGAUUUAUUUCCCCCAAGCAGGAACACCUUAACCCCCAAAUUUAGACCUAAACAUACAGUUAUAUCUU